AGAGUCAAAACACUGAAAUAGAUAUUCUUCUUCCCGAUUUCGAUUCCGAUACCAAUUCAUUCACUCAAUUCUCUCAUUUUCACUCAGAGAAAAGCCUCUGAUCGUUAAGUUUACUCAGAAAAAACAAUAGAACAAUGGGACAUAAAAGCUCCAAAGAAAUUCCAGAUUCUUCCUCCGAUGAAGAGGAUAAUUCACAAUCGAACUCGCGCCGCUCUCGGUUGAAGAAAAAACUUAGCCUCCACGGUAAUAAACGUCGUCAUCUCCGUCGUAUCUUCACUCGUUCCGGUAAAAACGGCUCCGGCUCUGGCUCUUCUGGUUCUAAACUUGUUUCUGCUGAGAAUUUUGCCGGAAUCGCUCUCCUUACUCUCAUUAGUGCGGAGAUGAAAUUCAAAGACAAGUGGCUAGCAUGUGUGUCUAUUGGAGAGCAGACUUUCCGUACUGAUGUUUCUGAUCAAACCGAAAAGCCAAUUUGGAAUUCAGAAAAGAAACUUCUUUUAGAGAGAAAUGGACCUCAUGUUGCUAGGAUAUCUGUAUUUGAGACCAAUAGAAUAUCAAAGAACAAUCUUGUGGGCUACCGUGAGAUUGAUCUACUUGAAUAUUUAACCCAGGAUUCCGAAUCUGACACUGAGGUCUUUGAUCUUUUUGAUCCUUCUUCAUCUGAUAUAGUCGGCAAAAUUUCUCUUUCGUGCUCAGUUGAGGAUCCAAUGGAAACGGAGAAAAGAUUUGCAAGAAGGAUAUUGGCAAUUGUGGAUUACAACGAAGAUGGACAUCUUUCAUACUCUGAGUUCUGCGACUUAAUAAAGGCUUUUGGCAAUCAAUUAGCAAUUAACAAGAAAGAGGAGCUUUUUAAAGCUGCCGACAAGAACGGGGAUGGUGUUGUGAGCAUGGAUGAGUUGGCUGACCUUCUUGCUAUUCAACAAGAGAAGGAGCCCCUCAUGAAUUGUUGCCCUGUUUGUGGUGAGAUUCUUGAAGUCUCUGAUAGACUAAACACUGUGGUCCAUUUGAGUCUCUGUUUUGAUGAAGGGACUGGAAACCAAGUUAUGACUGGAGGGUUUCUAACUGACAAACAGGCAUCAUAUGGGUGGAUGUUCAAACUGAGUGAAUGGGCUCAUUAUUCAUCUUAUGACGUAGGUUUAAAAAUCGGGUCCAGUGCUUCACACAUCCUGGUAUUUGAUCGGAGGACAAAGAGACUAGUGGAGGAGUUGAUUGAUGGAAAGAUUGUGAUGUCUAUGAGAACAAUUUACCAAUCAAAGAUAGGACUCCGGCUGAUCGACAAAGGGGCUAAGGAAAUUUUGCGAAGCAUUUCGGAGAAGCAGGGAAGGAAAAUGAACUCCACUGAAUCAGCAAAAGAAAUUCCAAAAUUUCUAGAAUUUUUCAAGGAUCAAAUCAAAUUGGCCGAAAUGAAGCACCCUUUGGAAUAUUUUAAGACUUUCAAUGAAUUUUUCAUUAGGGAAUUAAAGCCGGGCGCGAGACCAGUUGCUUUCUUGGAACAUGAUGAUGUUGCAGUUUGCGCAGCUGAUUGCCGUCUGAUGGCAUUCAAAAACAUAGAAGAUAGUUUAAGAUUUUGGAUCAAGGGACGAAAAUUUUCAAUUCAAGGGCUUUUGGGAAAGGAAUUAUGUUCUAGCAAUUUUAUUGAUGGAGCUUUAGUCAUAUUUCGAUUAGCACCACAGGAUUAUCACCGUUUCCAUUCUCCAGUUUCUGGAACCAUUGAGCAGUUCGUGGAUGUGCCUGGGAAAUUAUACACAGUUAAUCCUAUCGCAGUAAAUAGCGAGUAUUGUAACGUCUUCACCGAGAAUAAGCGAGUCAUCUCAAUUAUUUCUACAGCAGAAUUCGGGAAGGUGGCAUUUGUAGCGAUUGGUGCAACUAUGGUUGGCAGCAUUACCUUUACGAGAAAGGAGGGUGACUACAUUAAGAAAGGAGACGAGCUUGGAUAUUUCUCAUUUGGUGGAAGCACUGUGAUUUGCGUCUUUGAAAAGGGCGCUAUUCAGAUCGACGACGACCUCCUCACCAAUAGUGCAAGAUCACUUGAGACUUUAGUCACUGUGGGGAUGAAGUUGGGUGCUACUCCAAAGAAUCAAUCUGAAAUCAAUUUUCCAAACUUGGAACAAUGCGAGAUCAGAGAUUGAGAGCUUAAUCAUUUCACAUGUUUGUGGAAUUCUGUUUAAACAUUAUUACAAGCGGUUUCUGUUUAUCUUAUAGGCCUUGUUUGGUUCAUGGAAUAGGUGCGGAAUGGAAUAGCUAAUCCGUCUAUAAUGAAUAUUCUUUGCUUUGGUUCAUGGAAUACUUAUUCCAUAAUUUUGUGGAAUAAAUAUUCCUUCCAAAAAGUAAAGAAUAGUUAUUCCAUUUUUUAUAGAAUAAUUAUUCCAUUUCAUAUUAUUUCAUUCCACGAACCAAACAUGGUCAUACUGUUUAGAAGAAGUAACUCCAUUGGUUACUAUUUUCAGAAAUGGGAUCAUUGUGUUGGACUUCUGUAACUUGUUUAGUUUAUUGAUUGUGGUAGGAAAUGCAACGAUCUGCAUAGUCUUUCGUGCGAUAAAUCUGUGACUAUUUGUUGAGCUUUUGGAUGUACAUAUUAUUUUAAUUGAUUUGUUUUCGCAUU